CGUGACGCGCUCGGGCGGCCGUGUCAGCUGAUCUCUGCUGAGCUGUGGCAGCAGCGGCGGCGAUGAUGGAGUUUCUCCUGGGCAACCCUUUCAGCUCUCCUGUGGGGCAGCGUAUCGAGAAAGCUACUGAUGGCUCCCUGCAGAAUGAAGACUGGGCCCUCAACAUGGAGAUCUGUGACAUCAUUAAUGAGACAGAAGAAGGACCCAAAGAUGCCUUCCGAGCCAUAAAGAAAAGGAUCAUAGGAAAUAAGAACUUUCAUGAGGUCAUGCUGGCUUUGACAGUCCUUGAAACAUGUGUCAAAAACUGUGGCCAUCGCUUCCAUGUACUGAUUGCUAGCCAGGACUUUGUGGAAGGUGUGCUAGUGCGAACCAUCCUCCCAAAAAACAACCCCCCCGCCAUUGUGCAUGAUAAGGUGUUGACCCUUAUACAGUCCUGGGCUGAUGCAUUCCGAAGUACACCAGACCUGACAGGGGUUGUAGCUGUUUAUGAGGAUCUGAGGAGGAAAGGCCUGGAAUUUCCCAUGACUGAUCUGGAUAUGCUGUCGCCCAUCCAUACACCACAGAGGAGUGUAUAUAACCCGGACUCCCCAUCAGGAGUGAAUUCACCAGCAGCAGAUUCCCCUCACGCAAUAGAGUCCAUCCUGCACCCUGUGUCUCUACCAGGAGCUCCUCAUGCCCCCAUCACACCAACACCAGAGCAGAUUGGGAAGCUGCGCAGUGAGCUGGAAGUGGUGAAUGGAAAUGUGAAAGUGAUGUCUGAGAUGCUAACUGAGCUCGUCCCGGGACAGUCUGAACCCUCUGACAUUGAACUGCUCCAGGAACUGAACCGGACGUGUAAAGCGAUGCAGCAGCGUGUGUUGGAGCUGAUCCCCCGUAUCCUCAAUGAACAGCUAACAGAGGAGCUGCUCAUUGUCAAUGACAACCUCAACAACAUUUUCCUGCGCCAUGAACGGUUUGAACGGCUCCGAUCUGGCCAGCCUGUUAAGCAACAAAACAAUGCAGAAAAUGCAAGCAAUUUGAUUGACGUGGAACCUAGUGCUACACCAGUGGGAAAAGAGCCUGAAGCCCCCAACACGCUCUCGUCCCAGCUUGCAGGAAUGAAUCUGGGUUCUGGUAGUGUCAGCGCAGGGCUGGUGUCCCUCAACAAUUCUGGCAAACUGGAAGAAGAGUUUGACAUGUUUGCACUGACCCGUGGCAGCUCCCUGGCUGAACAGCGCAAAGAUGUAAAAUAUGAAGACCCUCUCGCCAAGAAAGGAUUAGCUGGAGCCUUGGAUACCAGGCAACAGAAUACAGGAGCGAUUCCCGUCCCCCAGGCUGCCCUCAUGGAGGAUAUCGAAAAGUGGCUCUCCACUGAUGUGGGAAAUGAGACGGUGGAUGCGAAGGGUGUCACCAGCGAAGAGUUUGACAAAUUCCUGGAAGAGCGAGCCAAGGUGGCAGAUCGGCUGCCCACCCUUCCGAGUCCCCCAACUGGGCUUCCUUCCGCUGGCUCCAGCCCUCACCGGAAGAAGGAAAAAGAAGAGGACGGAAUGUUUGCUUUAUGAGCCCCUCUGUGGACUGGUGUGCUGUGGUUGCAAGAGGACCUGUGUGCUGCACUGCACUCCCCCCUUCUUGGGGGUGGAGGGGGGGAAGCAAGAGGGGAGUGGGUAGGGGAAGAGACCCUCCCUCUUUCCUCUCCUCCUGCCUCCUAUUUUAGGCUGCUUUGGGGUUAGAUUAAUCAUUGCUGCAUUUGGGGACACAAGAGAAGCGAGUGGUGGGAAGAGGAUGCCAAGCUGCCAAAGGUGUUGCCAGAUGUGCUGACAGGUUUGGGGUUUCUCCUGGGCCAUCUAGGCAAACUGAAAUGUGUUCUCUGCUGUUCCGUUGUUGUUUUUCCUAAUGAAGAGACUGUAAAAGCUGGGCUGAAAACUGGUGGUGGGAUUUGUGGUUUCUUACCAGUCCCACAGGCAGCUGUGCUGAGCGGUAAAGCUGGGCAGCUUCCUUCUCACUGCACCUACACCUUUCCAUACUUUGCCCGCCCUUGGCAGAACAGGAACAACAGACACUGUUUUGCAGUGACAGGAGAGUGCUGCUGUGAUUAGGGCAAUCACACUAGUAGGGCCUCUUUCCUGUUGUGUAAGCACUACAUCCUGCCUGCAGGCCAAGCAAGUUCCACGGUAGCCAAUACAGGUUAUCAGCCUCAUGGAGCAUAGAGGGAAGGGGUGUAUGCAUUAUCAGCGGUACCACAUCCUUCCACGAGUGGCCUCUUCGUCUCUUCAAAGAUGCCAUGUUCAGGAGGCAGACUCUCCUCUUCUGAAAAUGAUUCAUAUGACCCAUUGAUCAUGAUCCCCCACCACUGCGUUCCCUCAGAGCUCCUCCCCACAACCUCUCCUCCCUUGCCACAGAGGCUGAGCUCUUUGUGCAUUAGCAGAGAACGCUCUUAAGAAAUGGUAUUCCCUUGUGUUAAAGGUUAGUGGGUGAGGAGCUUGUGGGGUGAAAGGAUGACUUAUUCUGUGUAACUGGGAGACUUGCCUUUUAUAUUCCAUAUUAAAAAGAAAUUGUGGACUUCA